ACACUCGCUCUGCCUGUUCUGAUCAACACACCCAAACCCUCACCCACCCUAGCCUCUCUCUCUCUCCUCCUCCCCCCCCCUCUCUUUUGCUCUCUCUCUCUCUCUCUCUAUCUUCGAGCCACUGCAAUCCUUCAAACCCUAAAACCCUCUCCUUCUCUCUCUCUCGAUCUCAACUCUGCAUCAUCCUCCGUCUCUGCUUCUGCUUCAUUUGUUUUUCAGAGCGCGGGUUCUCUCUCUCUCUCUCUCUCCCUCUCUGGUUUCGGUCUGUUACAAUUGGAGUGUUUUGUUUGCGCGCCGAUCUAUUUGUGAAAUUCGUGCAAUUGUUCUGGAAGAAUAUGGCCGACAGCAAGCUCGAUCUGCCGGACGAUAUCCUCUCCCUGAAGUCGGGGAAUGAACAGUGCUCCGUCAAAGGUGAAGCCUUGGGAGGACAUGGCGAGGAUAAAGUGGCCAUGGGAUUGCUUGAUGAUUCAAAAGAUCAAGUAACAACAGAUAGCAGCAUACCUCUAUCUCCGCAAUGGCUAAAUUUGAAACUGACAGAGACUAAGACAUUAGUAACUGGGCCACCAGUGGAAUUACGUGCACCGAAUUCGUUGCCCCAUGGAAGCUCCACCGAUUCCAAUCAGAAAGAGGCUUGGCGUUUAGAUGGAUCUCAGGACAAGAAAGACUGGAGGAGGACUGGAUCUGAAGUUGAAAGUGGUCGCCGCUGGCGUGAAGAGGAGAGGGAGACAGGUUUACUUAGUAGAAGAGAUCGCAGAAAAGAAGAUCGUCGUGUUGAUGCCAUUUCGACUAGGGAAAUUUCUGAGAAUAGAGCUGCAUCUUCUGAUCGCUGGCAUGAUAGCAGUAACCGUAGUUCUGCGCAUGAAACACGGCGCGACAACAAGUGGUCGUCAAGAUGGGGUCCUGAAGAUAGAGAGAAGGAUUCUAGAACUGAGAGGAGGACGGAUGUUGAGAAGGAAGAUAAUCACACUGAAAAACAGCCUUUUGUUGGUGGAAACCGCACAACUUCUGAGCGUGACACUGAUUCUCGUGAUAAAUGGCGGCCACGUCAUCGGAUGGAAGUUCAAUCAAGUGGAUCAGCAACAUAUCGUGCCGCACCAGGCUUUGGAUUGGAGAGAGGACGGGUGGAAGUUUCAAGUGUGCGAUUCGCGCCUGGACGAGGAAGGUCAAAUAUCAAUGGAAGCCUACAAAUUGGCAGGCCUUCCUCUGCAAGCCCUAUUGGUUCUGUUGCUAUAGAUAAGAAUGAUAAUUUAUUUGGGAAAUAUGGCUUCUCCGCUGAUACAUAUUGCUAUCCAAGGGGAAAACUUCUUGACAUUUACCGUAAGCAAAAAAUCCUUCCGGUCUUUGAUACAGUGCCUGAUGGGAUGGAACAAUUAUCUCCAAUAACACAAGUGGCCUUUGUUGAGCCAUUGGCUUUUGCUGCACCUGGUGCUGAAGAAGAGGCUGUCCUUGGAGAUAUAUGGAAGGGGAAAAUCACUAACAGCGAAGUCAUCCACAAUUCAUUUAAGAGCAGAAGUGGGGGAUUAGGUGAAAAUGCAACAGGUGUCAGUGAUGUGUCGUUAAAUGAGCGGAAGCAGAAUUCCCAGAAGAGUUCUUCAAUGAAUUAUGAAGAAACUUUUGAAUCAUUUGGGAAGGCUUCUGUAAAUGGUGCUUGUCAAGGUCCAGGUUCUGAGGGAUUGGAUACUUCUAAUUCACCUAUGGGUAUGGUUGAGGUAACUGGUACCUACAAAGAAGGUGAACAUAGAUUAACACCACCAGUUGGUGUGGUGGCAACUGAGGGUCUGAUACCAGGUAUUGCCAAGAGUUAUGAUUUCAAAAGUGCCAGAGAGGUUGGUGGUUCAAUCAAUAAUGUUGCUGAAGUGAAAACAUUUGAAGAUCAGGAAUUGGAUUCUGCUUUUCCAAACGUCCUUAAAUCAGAAGGAAUCAAAUUAGCCACUUCUUUUACUCAGCUUCCAGAUGAUUCAAGUUCUCUUUUUGAUUUUCAAUCUCUAAAUCAAGCUCCAAGUAAUGAUCAUCUUUUCAAAGAUGAAUCAUAUCUACUUGGUAGGGUUAGCCUGCCUGAGGAGUUGAGUUUGUUUUAUCGUGAUCCUCAAGGGGCAAUUCAGGGGCCAUUUCUGGGGAUUGACAUCAUUUCAUGGUUUGAGCAAGGCUUUUUCAGUACUGAUUUGCCAGUUCGUUUGUCUGAUGCACCUGAGGGAUCACCUUUUCAAGAACUUGGCGAAGUUAUGCCACAUUUGAAAAUCAAAGCUGAAUCUGCCUCCAGCACCAAUCCAAAUACAAAUUUUGAAUCUUCUGUUUCUUUUGGUGGCAGCCUGGAAGAGAGUAUACCUACUUCUGCUUCUGUUGUUGAGUUUAAGGGGUUGGCUCUCAGAAAUGAUCAGCAGUGGGAUUCUACUGCCUGUGGUGGUGGUCUGCCUGCAGUACCUAAACAUGAAUCUCAAACUAAACUCCCAUAUUCUGAGGACCAAGCUGUACAAAAUUUUGUUGUACAAGAUGAGGAAAUUGUCUUUCCUGGAAGGCCUGGUAGUAGUAGGAGUAAUCCUGUAAAUAGACCUGCUGCUAACUUCGAUGAUUCAUUUUUCAGUUCCACUAGUCACCCUUCUGCAAAUGAAUUUACUGAAACUAACAUGCCUGCCCGUAAGGAUAAUGAAUUGCAUCCUUUUGGCUUGUUGAUGUCUGAGCUCAGAGGCAAUAAUUUGAGACACACUCAGUCAUCUAGUGUGCCUUCAAGUAUUGGUGAUCCAGGCCAUUCAAUGGACCCCCUACUUGAAAGAGAUGCUGCUUUUGCUGGUCACAGCUCAUUUAGUGCUUUGGCUGAUCAACCUUUUGUUGCAGAGACUUGGUCUGACGAUUAUAGAAGGAAUAUACUUUCAAAUUCCAACUUACACCCAGCUGCAAUUGAUGCUCAACGUUUGUCUCGUAUGGAGCAAGAAUAUAAUGGUUUUGACCUGAGAGAGCAUCUGAUCUCACAAAAAUUGCAAAAUGAACAGUUUCAACUGCAGAGCCAUUUGUCUCCUAAUCCCACUUCACAUUAUGGUGGAUUAGGUGUAGAGCAAUAUCCAGGUUAUGCUCUUUCUGAAAACAAGAACGCUGUUGUCCAGCAAUCACUCCAUCGUCCAGUCCCAGAUUUGGAGCAUAUUUUGGAACUUCAGUUCCAACAGCAACAGCAGAUAGAGUUUCAACAGCAGCGUCAGUUGCAGCAGCAAAUUCGUCACCAGCAAAUGAAAUUGCAGCAGCAGCAGCAGCAGCAGCAGCAGCAACAGCAACAACAACAGCAGCAGCAACAACAGUUUCUUCUUGAGCAGUUGCUGCAUCAGCAGGUGUCUGAACCUGCUUUUGGGUUGUCAAAGAUGGAUCCUACCGGGGACAACUUGCUUGAUCAGGUCUUAUUAAGGAAGCAGCUACUUAAUGGACUGCAGCAAAAUUCCCAUCCUUCAAGGCAUCUUGAUCCAUCUCUAGAGCAGCUCAUCCAAGCUCAAAUUGGCCAGAUGAUGCACCGAGGACGGCAAAAUGAUAUUGUAGAUCUUAUAACUCGGGCAAAGCAGGGGAAUACCCUUCCGUCAGAGCAGCAACUUCGUUACCAGCAAGAACAGUUGCCAGCUCAGCAGUUGCCAAUGGCAUUGAGACAGCAAAUGGGAAUGGACGGAGAGAGGGGUAUUGGUGGGGUUUGGUCAGUUGAUGAAACCAGCCAGUUUGGCAGGACUCCCAUUGGUCAUCACCAGGCCCAGUCAGCAGGGUUUAAUGCUUUAGACUUUUACCCGCAGCAGCCUAGGGUUCCCUAUCAGCAGCAAAUGAACCUUCAUGACUGGAAUCUUGCUUUACAGGAACAACAGCAGCGAGGAUUUUAUGAGCCUGUUCCUGCUGGUUUUCCUGGGAUGAAGUUGGACAAUUCGAAUGCUCGUUUGCAACACCUGGACAUUCAGGAACGGCAUCCUUAUAUGCACUCCACUGAUAAAUUGGGUCCUGGUCCCCCCUCUCGGAACUCUCAAAUUUUGGACCACUUCCAGUCUCCUCUGUCAGAUGCACUAGAGAGUGGCAGCUAUCGAAACAAUGGCCAUUUGGGAAAUAGUUGGUUAGGAGCUCAGAUGGAACAACUGCAUCUUGGUGUUGAGCAACGGAAGAAGGAGUUGAAAGUUUCUGUGCCUUCUGUUGAAUCAAAAUUUUGGGCAUCAAGCAGAGAUGAUGAGGAAAAUUCAAAGCGAGUUCUAAGAGACUUGCUUCACGAAAAACUGGGUCUUCAAUCUGCACAGUAUUCUGACAUCGACCAUCGCCUUCCUGCUUCAUCUUAUGAAAGGCGGGAACCAUAUUGGUUAUUUCCUGAGUCGACCUCAUUAGAUCGUCCUUUGAAUUGUUCUUCAGAUCAGCAAGUUGAUUUAAACAACUCCUUUACUGAAGGCCCCCAAAAUUUUACUUCAAGCAGCUUGUUGCAAGAUCGCUUGAUUAAUGCUGGUGUAAACGAACAAUUUAACAAAUUAGAAAGCAGUGAAAGAUUUGCCCAUAGAUCUAAAUCUGGACCAUUAAUGGAAGAUGAGCCUUUUGUGUCAAUUGCAAAUGAUAAUUCUCAGGCAAGCUAUCUGGAUUCUAGCUUGAUUAGGAUGUCAUCUGGGGAUAAAAGCUUCUCAGAGGGAAAGAAGGGGAAGAAGCAUGGGUCUGAGAGCAAGAAUCCUAUGAGUAGGUCAAUAUCAGGGAUUGCAGAAGACUUGGCUGGCAGACCAGAGGCUGCUGUGGAGUGUGGGGACCUGCAUGUUAAUGCCCAUAAUAGGAAUUCGUCUUUGGGCAAUACUGGUUGUAAUGCCAGCUUAUACAGUUAUGACAUGGGAUUAGACAGAGUAUCGACAGAAGAAAUUUAUGAUGAUAGGCUGUCCAUGAUCUCAUCUAAAGUGCCUGAUAAAUCUUUGCUCAAACGCCCUCCGGUCUCACGAGUUCUAUCUUCCCAGGAUGUUUUGUCAGAACAGGCACCUUCCGCUCCGAUUGUCAAGCAGAAAAGUUCAAUAAGCCUUGCAACAUUUGAUGAAGGCAGGCAAGAGUUUGGGGGAAAUCCUGCGGCAACCUGGAUUCCUGAAACUCAAGCAGCAUCCAGCAGGAAGGAUGUUCAUUUCCGACGCGCUUCUUCUUGCAGUGAUGCUUCUGUGUCAGAGACUUCGUUUAUUGACAUGCUCAAGAAACCAGUUCUUCUGGAGGCUGAUGCAGCUAGUGGGGCUGCAUUGGAAUCGGACAGCGGCGGGCAAGCUGGGCGAGGAGGCGGGAAAAAGAAGGGGAAGAAGGGAAGGCAGAUCGAUCCUGCUCUCCUUGGUUUCAAGGUCUCCAGUAACAGAAUCAUGAUGGGUGAGAUUCAGCGCCUUGAAGAUUAGCCCCCCUCUGUUGUACAAUCUCUCAACUGUAAAUUUCUUUCUUGUCACUCCCGGUAGAAGUAGAUGUACAGUUUCUGUUGUAAAAUCCUUCCUGUGUUGUAUUCUUCAAAUAUCCAGUUUUCCCCAUUGCUGCAGCCAUCGAAGAUGUUUGAUUUGUAUAGAGCUGUUGAGGUAAAUGAUCGUGUAAACACGCUAAUUCCAGGGUUGGGAAGUCUACCCAAAAAAUGUAUUUUGAAGGAAAGAAGCUGAUCAAUAAAAUGGCUUAUCGGAAUGAUAUGUUUGGGCCA